CCAAAGGAAAGCCGUCCAGUUUCAUUGUAUCCAUAUAAAGUUUCCACUUUCCCUUCCCGAAUAAAGUUCGCUCGGCUUCGCAUUUCUUCCCACUAAAAAGUCUGAAAUCUUCCUUCUGCCAUCUCACCGGAACCCAGUGCCAUGGCGGUGGCGGACGGAGGUUUUAGGGCUUUGGAUGAGAAGUCUCUUAUCGAGUAUAUCAGGGCCACGCCUGCUCUCUCCUCCUUGCUUGGAGAUGACCUUAGAGCCCUGACUGUCAAGGAGGUCGGGGAUGGCAACCUUAACUUCGUCUACAUCGUCAUCAGCUCCUCUGGAGGAUCCAUCGUUAUCAAGCAGGCUAUUCCAUACAUCCGAUGCAUCGGUGAAUCAUGGCCAAUGACAAAGGAGCGUGCAUAUUUUGAGGCAUUAACCUUGAGAGAGCAUGGUCGUCUAUGCCCAGCUCAUGUCCCAGAAGUUUACCACUUUGAUCGGCCUUUAUCUUUGAUUGCUAUGCGGUACUUGAAGCCGCCACAUAUUAUUUUGCGGAAAGGAUUGAUUGCUGGAAUUGAAUAUCCAUUGCUUGCAGAACAUAUGUCAGAAUACAUGGCUAGAACGCUAUUCUUUACAUCACUUUUGUAUCGUUCUACAUCUGAGCACAAACGUGAAGUUGCAGAAUAUUGUGGGAAUGUCGAAUUGUGUAGACUCACUGAACAGGUUGUAUUUUCGGAUCCAUACAAGAUUUCUCAGUAUAACCAUUGGACAUCUCCUUACCUUGAUCAAGAUGCUGAGACUGUUCGGGAAGAUGAUAUCUUAAAGCUUGAGGUCGCUGGCCUGAAAUCCAUGUUCUGUGAGAGAGCCCAAGCUCUCAUUCAUGGAGAUCUCCAUACUGGUUCAGUCAUGGUGACCACAGAUUCUACUCAAGUUAUAGAUCCAGAAUUUGCCUUUUAUGGGCCUAUGGGGUUUGAUAUAGGAGCUCUUGUGGGGAAUUUAAUUUUAGCAUUUUUUUCACAAGAUGGACAUUCUGAUAAUGGAAAAGAUCGGAAGGUAUAUAAACAGUGGAUUCUUAAGACAAUAGAAGACACUUGGAAUCUUUUUCAUAAGAAAUUCAUUUCCUUAUGGAAUGAACACAAAGAUGGGAAUGGCGAGGCCUACCUUGCGGAUGUAUACAAGAAGCCAGAACUUUGGUUCCUUGUACAGGAAAAGUAUAUAAAAGAUUUAUUUCAUGAUUCUCUUGGAUUUGGUGCUGCCAAAAUGAUCAGGAGGAUAGUUGGGGUAGCUCAUGUUGAGGACUUCGAGUCGAUCACUGAUGCUGAAAGAAGAGCGUAUUGUGAACACCGUGCUUUAGAAUUCGCUAAAAUGAUUCUAAAAGAAAGGCAGCGCUACGAUACUAUCGAGCAAAUCACAUCUGCACUUCAGAAUAUCCCUUCGUAAUGGCCUUAUGGAGCUCGUAAAAUUUAUCGCUUGUCGGACGAGUUAAUUAGAAGAAAAGAAUGCUCUCUCUCUUACCUAUAUGCUCCUGUACAAAAUGCAGUACCAGGACUGCCAGGUUUGAAUAAUUUUCGCUUCUCGUCUUCUUUAAAAAAUGUAAAUGAGAUUUCAUGACGACUGCUGGAGUUUUUUUUAUAAGUAUAAUGGUAUAAUUUGCCAUCA